AUCCAAUUGUUCAUUCGAACACUUGAUCAUGGCGUUGGCUCUGCCCUUCCACGCUUCCAUUUCGUUGUCCCAAUCUGCUCAAGGAAUUUUAACAGGGCGGAGGAGUCAUCUGAGGUUCCUUAAAUGCAGAAAAGAUGGAAGGAAAAUUCUACCACCAACUGCAUGUUGCCUUGAUCCAGUUCAGAUUACUCCAUCUUCACACAUUGUAGUUGCUAACUUGAAAGCCAUUAAAAUUCUAUCAGAGAACAUGGAGAGACUUGUUUCAAGCCACAAGCAGAGCUUAAUAAUGGCGGACGUGGAUCCACAAACAGCGAAGUUUCUGAUUGCAAUUACAGGUCCAUUUCUAUCAACAUUUGCCUUGUUGUUCAUCCUUAGAAUAGUCAUGUCCUGGUAUCCAAAGCUCCCAGUAGGGAAGCUCCCUUACGUUAUUGCUUACGCACCUACAGAACCAUUACUAGUCAUCACAAGGAAGGUGAUACCACCCCUUGGUGGUGUUGAUGUCACACCUGUUGUCUGGUUUGGUCUGGUUAGUUUCUUGAGUGAGAUCUUAGUAGGUCCACAAGGGCUACUGGUUCUUUUAUCUAGACAAGUAUAGAUGUUACUGAAAUGUAGUUUUUUUUCCUUGUGU